AGCGGAAACAUUGCCCAGUCGCCCGUUUCCGUCUUCCUAGAGCUUGUCAGCCAUUACAGCUCUGCUCGCCGGUUCUUGCAGGGUGUAACUGAUACAGCUGACAUAGUUUCCGAAAAAUCGAAGAUUGUCCUUACGGAACUGGUAGCGUGUCCGGGAGCAGAUACUUCCAAACGUUCGUCCAGAUGUAUAACAAUAGUUUUUCCAAUCAUACCAGGCCCAGAGGAAAUCGAGAUUCUAGCAGUCGCAACGGAGGUGGAACCUAUUGGAAUAGCCAGCAGCAGUCGCAGAAGGAUAAACCGGUUAAGAAACAAAUCCAGAGAAGAACACCCGGAGAUCUGUUGAAGAAACCCAGCUGGGACUUAUCCAAGAUGCCGGUGAUCACGAAGAAUUUGUACAUCCCUCACAUCAACGUGUUGAAGAGGUCCACCGAUGAGGUUGCCAAGUACCAUAUCGGCAAAGAAAUUACCGUCAAGGGCACCAACACACCGUCGCCGAUCCAAGCGUUCGAAGAAAGCAACUUCCCAGAUUACGUUAUGGAAGAAAUAAGGAAACAGGGUUUCGCGGAACCCACGGCAAUCCAGGCACAGGGUUGGCCAAUCGCGCUCAGCGGGCGUGAUCUGGUUGGAAUCGCUCAGACAGGAUCUGGAAAAACUCUAGCUUAUAUAUUACCAGCAACAGUACACAUUAAUAAUCAACCACGUUUGAACCGAGGAGACGGUCCGAUCGUAUUGAUUCUCGCUCCCACGAGAGAGUUAGCGCAGCAAAUUCAAACCGUCGCUAGGGAUUUCGGUUCGUCGUCGUGCAUUCGCAACACAUGCAUCUUCGGCGGUUCGCCGAAAGGGCCACAGGCUCGCGAUUUGGAGCGCGGCGUCGAGAUAUGCAUCGCGACGCCCGGCAGACUGAUCGAUUUCCUGGAGAAGGGGACGACGAACCUGCGCAGAUGCACGUACCUGGUCCUGGACGAGGCCGACAGGAUGCUGGACAUGGGAUUCGAGCCGCAGAUACGAAAGAUCAUCGAGCAGAUCAGACCCGACAGGCAGGUGCUGAUGUGGUCGGCCACCUGGCCUAAAGAGGUCCAGGCCCUCGCCGAGGACUUUCUUACGGACUACAUACAGAUCAACAUUGGAUCGUUGACGCUGGCUGCUAAUCACAACAUUCGGCAGAUCAUUGAAAUCUGCCAGGAGCACGAGAAGGAAACGAAACUGUCCGGUCUCCUCAGGGAGAUCGGCAAGGACCGUGGGAGCAAGAUGAUAAUAUUCGUCGAGACGAAGAAGAAAGUGGACGACAUCACCAAGGCCAUCAAACGAGAGGGCUGGCCGGCCAUCUCUAUCCACGGCGACAAGUCGCAGCCGGAGAGAGACUACGUUCUUUCAGAAUUUCGAAACGGCAAGACGAUGAUCCUGGUGGCCACCGACGUGGCUGCACGCGGCUUGGACGUGGAAGACGUGAAAUACGUAAUAAACUUUGAUUAUCCGAACAGCUCCGAGGACUACAUCCAUCGCAUAGGAAGAACCGGACGUUGCCAGAGCGCGGGCACCGCGUACGCUUACUUCACGCCCAACAACGCGAGACAGGCGAAGGAGCUGAUAGCUGUUUUGGAAGAAGCCGGCCAGGUGAUAAACCCGCAGCUGGCCGACUUGGCGAACUCGAUGAAGAACCAGUACGGCAAAGGCCGUCAGCGUUGGAGCCACUUCCGCUCGAACAAGGAUAACUCGUCCGGAAGCCCCAGGAACAACACCAGUCCGAUCUCGUCCAACAACUGGCAGAAUCAGCACUCCCAGAACAGCCAGAUGAACCACAACCCCAACAACCAGGACAGAACCGUUUCGCGGCAGCAGAACGGUUAUCAGAACAACCGUCAGAGCAAUUACCAGCCCAGUUACCAGCAGCAGCAGCAACAGCAACAGCAGCAGCAGCAACAACAACACCAGCAACACCGGCAGCAACAGCCCAACGCGUACGCCAACGGCUGUCAAACCAGCAACAGCAACUACCAACAACCCGGCUAUCAGAACGCGAAUAUUCCCAGAUACCACGGCAGAACGGGCGGCAGUUUCCAAGGUAGUCGCUACCAUAACCGACAGAACACGUACAGCAGCAACCAAACCGGGGGACAAGGCGUGUACUCGAUGCCACCUCCGUUCAUGAUGCCAUCCAGCGGACACACCGAUUCCGGGAUGCAGAGCCUGGUGAACAACAAGUUCUUCCAGACGAACCGGCCACCGCCCAACACCGGCGCUUGUGCUUACCAGUCGAUGGGCUACGGUCAGUUUCAAGCCGUGCCGCCGUACAGUUAUCCUUACCCGCCUACACCGGUGCAGCAGUGACGCUUUUCGAGGUAUAAGUCGGUAAGAGUGCAGGCUAAGUAAAGAGAUCAAUUUUUUCCUGUCUACAUUGGACCCACUAAUGUUUAAGGUUUGUGUAGAAGGUUGGGUCUCCUUUGAAUAUACGCGUAAUGUAAUGUUUCUUCUUUUCUUUGUCAUUUAUUAUUUUCUGGAAUGGUGCCACAUCGACACGCAAAACUGUCAAAGAGAACGAAUUGUUUCUGUUGUUCGUGGGGCCGUGACAACGGACAGAAACGAAAGAAAAAUCAAAAGUAAUAAUUGUUUUAUCGGGUGAAAAACGAGCAUACGUUCAAGUUCAUUGCGAAAGUAACGAUUACAGAGAGAGAGAAAGAGAAAGAGAGAGAGAGAGAGAUUUUUAAUAGAAAAAGAAAAACAACAACAACAACACAAAUUUAAACGUUGUGCAUUAUUAAUCACCGCACGGCACAUUCCAGUUGAGUUUUUUGAAGUAGUGGUAGUUGUUUAGCGAUGGUACAUUGAUAUAAUCAUUAAUGGAUGUAGACUAUGACCAGAUAUGUAGGCUUAUAACGUGGUCAUAUCUCUAAAGAAAAUAAUAAUUAAUCUUCUUGCGAAUAACUAUGUAAACGACAUUUAAUGCUUUCCUGAAAUGCACGAAACAUAUAGAAGGGGGGUGGGUUAAACGUUUUCAUAUUUGAUAAUUUAUUUAUAUUUUGCAUAUAUAUAUAUAUGUAUGUACAGGCAAUGCUCUUCAAAAUGUAAGGCCUUUUGCAUAAAAAUUAAGCCGUACACCCGUUUUACAAAGCGCACGACGAUAAAUAUCGAGAGAUCGUGGUUCUUCGUUCCGUAAACGAGAGAACCAUCCCGUGUGUUUCGUGUCUCUGAUAUAGGGGUGAAAGUAAUCUCGUAAAGAUUUUAAGAAAACAAAAAAAAAAAAGAAACGUAAAAGAUAAAGUAAAUAAAAUAAAAUAAAAUUAGAGCACGUCGAUGGAGGAUAUCCAGCAUAAUUAUUAUAGCGUACAAAAGCGAGUACUUUGAGAAAGGAAAACUUGGGGCUUUAGGGGACAACUUAAAUUAAGCAUGUAGUCACAAUGGCUGUGUACCUCGGCGCAAAGUUUGAUACCUUAUUUUUAUAAUAUAUAUCGAAAGUAAUUUGUUGUUAAACCAACGAAUGAUUAUACGAAGUAAAAAAAAAGAGAAACAUUGUUGUUUGAUGUUUAUGCAAUUGGCCACUGAGUGGUCUUGUCCUCGCGCGCCCGUUGACAAAUGUAGGUACGCGCAGGCUGGCCGCGAUCGAAUGAAUUUAGUUGUACCUGUUUUUUAGUUUCGCGCUCGUCGAAAUUCUUGCUAAUUUUUAGGGGAACGGUUACAAACAAUCCGGGACACUUUCUAUUGAAACGUUCAAUUGCGCUAAACGUACCCAAAUAAACGCGCGCGAAUGAUUAUUGAAUCGCGCGGCAAACGGUCCCACGACACCAUGCUCGUUGCGCGAGGGAUUACUUGAAAGCGACUCUCGAGGAAAAUCUCAACGUGGAUAUAUUUAAAAAAAAAAAAAAGAAAACCGAUAAUAAUAAUAAUAAUAAAAUAACGAGACACGAGUUUUUUUUUCGUGCCGUGGGCACGAAGCGUAUAUAUUCGUCGACAAGCGCAUAUAGCAACUUUUUGCGGGCCUCCAGAUUACUCUGUACACGUCACUACUCAAAUAAAUGACUAGUAGAAAGAGCUGAACAGAGAAGAAUGCAAGACUCGAAUACACUCGAGCAAGGACUCGUUUGCGAACGACAUUAUUGUGAUAAUUACAUGUAAAGCUUUCGUGAAACGGUCUCACAGUUCGUUACUUAAUUACGCACAGUAGACGGAGAAAAAAGAGGAGAGAGAGAGAGAGAGAGGGUGAAAAAUUAUAAGAAAACGUCGCGAGACAGUGCGUGCGCACGCUACCGUUUUGGUCGGUUUCCCGAGCGCGUGUUUUACAGCGGAUUCUGCUCGAUGAGAAAUUGAGGAACUUGUCGAUUCGUUUCUAGGUUCACACGUAGUCUUUAUGAUUCUUCUUUCGCAGAGUCGAUCACACGGAACUUUCAAAAUAUUAGGGUUCUCGCGGAGAUGGUUAGACCGUUCGCGAAUAUUCUUCUCUUUGCCCUUUGGACAUUGUGAAUGCUUACGCUCCUACUGUGUUAAUCUGACAGCACGCGUUGCACGUCCGAGUGAAUAGUGAUAUAAUAAUAGGAUGCGUAUGCUACGAGUAUUGGAAAAACUCUGAAUACUCAUACAUUGCGUACGCCCUCUGUUGAAUCAUCCCCCUGGCGAAGUCUUGAUUGUCCGUACUAAAAGGAAUAUUGGGAAGGAUUAUAAACCAUUCGAGAUAUUAACUGGGAACCAGAGGUGGCCGAGAUCGCAUUCGGGUAACAGUAAAAGCAGACACGUUACGUUGAACAGGAACGUUAACAGAAAUUGAUAGGAUCGUUAGGGGAAAAUGUAAUCCGUCACGGUGACAAUUGUCAGCGUUCAUUGGAUACGAAUAAUCGAGAUUUUCCUGUAUUUAGAAUUUACUGUGUUGUUGAAAAUUGUUUCGCUACAAUCGGAUGCCACUUUAUUCUCCUGUAGACAGUGACACGUGACGUAGGGAAACUUCCCUGUUUGUCUCUAAAAGUACCUCUAAUUAAUCCGGAAGGAGCCUGAACACAAUUUUUUCUUAGAAUAGUAUCGUUACACCACUGUCGUCGAUCAAUUUCCCAUCAACGUUGUCAACCUAUUAAACUCUACUAGAACAUGUUGCACGUUUUCUAACGUUAGUUACGACUCUCGGAUUGCGCACUGUGUCCACGCGGAUCAUUCAAAUUCGUUUAACCCUUUUGGACGUACGCGAGCACGAUGCUUGAAAAUCGAUUUACGAUCUGUAAUACAUAUCCGCAUCCGUGCGUUAUAUACAAACGUAUAAUUGCUGUUCCAGGAUCUUUUCCGAUACAACAUCUCGUACUGUACAUUUAUAAAUUGUCGAAAAAUUGCUCGCAGGUCCGAAAGGGUUGAGCCGAAAGUAUCUUCCAGAUGGGCGCAGUUAACAUCCGAGUAGCCGCAGGAACCUCCAAACUUUAACCCUUUGAACAUCGCCUGCGUCUCUUUUGCGAACAAACUCGGAAGAUGGAUAUCUCGACAUGCAUAUCUCGCUCGACGAGCAUUCGGUAUUACUCGAACGUACUUUUACGAACGUUUUACAUCGUACACGGCUCGAAAACGGAAAACGUCGAACUCUGUAAUCGUACGACACCCAAAGGGUUGAUACUUUACGUAAAUUUCUAACGGAACGUCCAAACACACACGCUCUUCGGUUCUCAGUGAAGCAAAUGUUUCUCGAAAGUGCGUUUCGCAUUUUUCUUUUCGUUGUGGAAAAAAGAAAGAAAAAAAUUGAUAGUGGGUGUACGCGUAGCUCUGUGAUAUGUAAGAUGUAGCAUAUUUAUAGAUCUACCUAUUGUGCAUCAUGAUUAAAAUAAGGAACGUAUCUUAUCAGUUUUAUACGUGGUAUACAAAUCAUGUGAUCCUAACGACGUGUACUGCGAGCGCUCGCUGUUGUCUACUUUAGGGAAAGAGGAACAAAAGUCGUUGAAGAAAAAAACGAGACCAGUAUUCCUUUCUUUGUGUUUUUGCCGUGCGAAUUCGUCUUGUUGCCAGGCCGAAGACAGGUAGGAGAAGGAAUCGAAGGAUGAAACCGUGUAUUUAUUUCUGUUAUUUAAUUCACCAUUCUCCUUCUCGAUUAUUUAUGGGAAAAUUUGAGUUUAUCGUAUGAUAUAGUCUAUGACGAAUUCAUUUAUUGAGCGAGUACAAAUUGUAAACAGGAUAACAUUACUUUACUUUAUCGCUUUUGUUCUGUGAAUCCGUUCUGUAUGUACGUUUGUCCGUUUCUUAUGGUAUAGUCUUCGAAUAUUUGCGUGUUUGUCGCCAACGGAGGAAUCUUCAUAAACGUUUAGUACCGCACUGCUACUACAUUCUCUUUUUGUUAAUAUCUUCGUUUUCUUUAUUCUUUAUUCUUUAUUCUUUUUUUUUGUAUUCAGCGAUCAUAAAUCUUGUGUUCAUUCUUAAUCUCUCGUACUAGAUAGAAACACGGAGAACUCGUUAGACCAGGGUUCUCCCAAGCAUACUAACUUACGUUUGGGAAGACGAGUCGUGUCUUCGCGAAACACUUCUUUCCUGCUAGUCGACAAUUUUAGUUUGUAUUAUAUUCCCUUUCGUUACUGCGUUACGAAACACCUUCACGAUCGAAUCUCCACGAUAGUUUGUAACGUGGUCGGACGUCUUCGCUCGUUAACGCGAUAAUGUCCUCUCUAAAAAGAAUCUUCUGUCCCGCGACCGUUACAAAUCGAAGAAGAAGUUCGGUUCGAGGACAAACUCUGCACCAUCGAUGAACUCGGAACCGUCUUGGUCGAUGCAUUUCUCGUUGACUAUCGUUUUCUCUCGGUUUUUCCCAACGACGAUUGCGAACGUUUAACGAGUGGGGAAUGAGCAGUUUCGACAAAAUUCUUCUGACACCCCUUCUGUUUCAAAGGGUUCAAAAACAUUCUCGCGUAGUUCUCACGCUUGUAUCAAGCACUGUCCAAGUCACGCUUGUUGUUCGGUUGAACGGAUCUACUUGUAUUUGUUUCGCGUCCUAUCUCCGUUGCUUUCUUCGAAACACACUAAAACGAGAGAGAACAAAAACUAACGAAACGAGGUUCAAAGCGAAUAAUUGGCGCAGUUUUCCCGCUUUUACGCGUGCUGAAAAAUCGUUGAUGACUAAAUAGCUUCGGGAACACGAGUACCUUUUUAAUGAUUAAUGCUGAACGCUGUGAUAUCGCGUACAUAAACAUUUUUAUUAUUAUAAACGUAAAUGUGCAUAUUGUAAUGUUAAAGAGUACUAUUUCUCCUUUAUAUGUGAAGACUGAAUCUCGCCAACUUAUACACAAGUUUAGCAGCCGCAGAUACGUUCGUAUACUGUAGACUACAGAAUAGACUAUUUGUAUAUUAUUAAUUAUAACAAUAUGUUUUACGUGGGUAGUGCCGUACGACGGUACACUAUCAUGUUAGUUCGAUAACGGGUGCGUGUUCGUAUCGUGCAUUUUAUUGAGAGCUAGUAUUUCCGGUACACAUCGUGACGAGAAUAGUUUACACGAGUCCCGUUUCCUUUUGCAGUUUCGUCCAGUCCGAUGGAGCUCGAUCGUAGCUCGAUUCGAAAGCGUUCAAUUUUCAUGGUUUUUUUUUCCUUUUUUUUUUCGACGAUUGCUUGCCACGUUUGUUAGUUUUCGAUUUAAUUGUUGAAUCGUUCGUGAAAAAAAAAAAGAAAAAAAAGAAGGGACGUUUACAACACCACAAUCCGUUUCAUGGUCGUUCCUAUAUUGCAUUCUUCUUUGUAACGUGGAUGGGUUGCAGCUUGAAUUUUCGCUGAUAAUUUCAACAGCUUUUACCUUGAUGCGCAUUACGUUUCUUUCCUUUUUUUUUUUUUUUUUGUUUGUUCCGUUUGCGAAAAAGAAAAUAUGUUAACACUUUAUUCGUGUAGUCACAUGUGUGCAUUGCCAAAUCUGUUAUUAUUGUUUCUCGCGACCGUAUCUCGGUCGUUAUCCGUAAGUUGUUAUCUUCCGUAGCUGGGGAAACGUGCUAAGAAAUUGUUGAUCAUUUUUAACAACGAUCAGAGGAUCGUACGAAUAGUAACGAACGACGCGAAGAACAAAGUUAGGAGAACUAAAAUUUCCAACAUCUUAUUUAAGCGCCGACGAUAUCGUACCGCGUCUUCUGAUUUCUCGGAUAAACGUGAACAUUGUUUCACUUUUCUUUCCCUUCGAUUUUAUCGAGAUGAAUUUAGUUCUUUCUAAUGUCAGACGUUAGACCGUUAAUGUAUAUACGAAUGUUUAACACUGCACACUGUACGACGACAAAAUUAACUGUGCGAAGUUUUACGAAAUCGUAGAUUCAACGCAGUUUAUAACCGAAACGUUAAUAAUUUUAUGUAACGCGUCUCACAAUGAUGGUACACAAUUAAGCCUGGACUAUUCGAAACGAAGAACGAUGUCUUUAUUCGAUCUUAACCCGAGAUCUUCGAAUCGACAUAACUCUUGUUCGUCUCACGUAAACUCUGACGAUAUAAGUAUAUAAAAGCUCGCUCUGUCUGUUGAGUUCGUAAGUGGGUGAACAGAUCAACGUUGUUUCUUGCGACUGUAUACAUUUUAGAAAUUGAUUUCGUAGUUUGUAUGUUCGAUUGCGCGAACAUCGUAAUGUUCAUUAACCCUGCGUACGCCUGUUUUUAUAAUUAUUGUAUUCAUAUAGCGAUAUUCAACUCGUACAAUUACUUGUCUUGCGACGAGAGUAGUUGCGAAACGAACAUUUCCUAGAUUUUUUGUGUACAUCUUUCGCUCUUUCGCUAAGAACCGUAGCACGACCGACCGAGAACAAAAUCAAUUGUACGAGAUCCUAGUAGCGAAAGGGUCGAAGACGCAAAAUUUCGAGUACGUACCACGCCUGGAAACGUCGGUACACGGGUUUAAUUCUUUCGCAGACGUUCGCACUUUUCCGCGAUUGUUCUCCGAACGUUGUAGAAUACGCAUCCGUUGUACUUUGCGUGUGUAUGCGCGUGUUACUUUUAUUUUUAUUUUUGCCCAGAACGCAUUAUAUUUACGACCGAAUAUAUAACCGAACGUAUUUUUGGAGCGGCAGGUUGUUCGAGCUAAUCCGCGCGAAGAAUAAGAACCAAUAUUUCUGCGGAGAUACGUAAACACGGCGAGACACGUAUAAACAGCGAAAACGAGAUUUUUCGAACGCGAAGCAUCGAACCGAUGUAAAGAUUGUAAUACGUAUAGGAAUUACAUGAUCACGGGGAAACGCAGUACAGCACGGUAGACUUCCUGUUGUUGUAAUAGUUCAUUUGUUGAUGCAUCUGUUCCAAAUGCGCAUUAGGAGGAGAGAGAGAUAGAGAGAGAGAAGAAAGAGGAAGAAGAAUGAGAAAUGGGGUAGUUCGAAAUACGCUGAUAAUGUAGUGUGCUAAAAUUAUAAUGGGAAAUAUGAGAACGUAAUGAUUUAGUAUACGUGAUUUCAGGCGAUUAAAAAGAGCAGAAAUCGAGAUAUAUCGGGUCGCCGGUGUCGGGAGGUGGUAUACAAUACGAAAUAUACGGAAUACAUGUAUUUUGUCAUUACGGCUUCAUUGAGUCAUCGCGCCUUACAAUAUGAAAGAGCUCGGCCAAUGUCCAAGACGUGUAUACAAGAUUGCAAACAACACUCUUAGAUUAAAAAUAAACCGCUCCUUGGUCGUCCUCGGGUAAAUUGAAACAAGCGUUUGCAAAUUGUUUGAACUGCAGCAGAGAAGACGGCAUACAACUGUAUUCUAUUCUUGAUUAAGAGUAUACAAGAAACACGUUAAGGGAUAUAUACAUUUACGUCAAUUUUACCGCGCAAGAACGCAUUUAUCAAUUAUUUAUACAUAUGUAUAUAACAUGUCUGUAUAUAUUUAUAUAUACACGCAUUACUUUGAAGGAAAAAUGUUCUUUCAGAAGAUAUGUAAAUCAUAGAAUAUUCUCUACAAGAAGAAGAAAGAAAAAAACGAUCGCCUAUCGCGUUAUUAACAGAUUCACUGCUGCCUUACAUUCGAUGAUUUUAUCUCGCUACCGACUGUGUAAUAGAACGCGUUAAAGAUAUCGCAGAGUAUGAUUGCCACGGUAAACUUUUGGCAGUGAAUGCGUUAAAGAUGACAAGUAAUCUAGUCGGAAUUGUUCUAUCGUUAACUGUGCUCCUCGAUGAGUUUAACGGAUAUCGCAUCGAAACGAACAUCUUUUUUAUGGUAAAAGAAUAUUCGAAUCUUAAACGUAACGAUGUACAAUGCAACACUCUACGUUUGCUAUCGUCGUAACGUUACUUCGGAUCUACGUUACUUUCCGACACACUAGGAAAAAAGUAAACGAAAAUCUUUGCUACUAUGCACAGAAAACAAAUGUUAACUUCGGCGUGAACCAUGUUAUUCCAAAGCGAUAUUUCACGAAUACAGAAGAUCAGUAUUAAGAUAACGCAAAAAUGUUGCACGGAAACAUCGUUAGAGUUUUCUUUUUCCUGUAUUCUUCUUUUUUUUUUUUUUUUUUAUCAUCAUCUCUUUCCAUGGAUGAAUCGAAUAACGCGAAUGAAUUUGUUUCCCGAUCGUGUAAGCCGUUUUACUGCAGUACCAAUAGUUUCUUACGACCAAAGAGAGGUAUCGUGUCAGUGGCUUGUUUAAUUUCUUCUUUUUCUUUUUUCUUUUUUCUUUUUGACCAUGACAUGAAUUUAUCAAAAGGCGGAAAACUAAAUUGAAGUAUGCGUGGUGCGAAUAUAUAUUUCACUGCAAUCUUCAGUGAGAGAUAGGAAACAAGUGACGUUUGUUGAAAGUGUGUUAGAAUUAAUUGAUUAUUUUACGAAUCGCUCCUGUUUAAUCACACUUAUGAUUUUCCCGAUAAGAAGAAGAGCAUACACAAAUUAUUUAUAUAAGGCAGCGUACAAGUCGAACGAAUAAUGGCGUAAACGAUGUCAAGUAACACAUCUAUAUUCAGAUUCUCUUCUGUAGGUUUCAUUAAAGUGCAUUUCUUGUAUGUUACACAGUAUUAUGGUAGAAUAUAAGAAAAUAAAUAUUGCAAUAGUAA